AUAAAACAUGUUUAAAAAACUGACACAAGGAUCCUGCAAUUUCUUCACGUGCACAAAAUACUAUGUGUGCAACAUCUGUAUGAAUUCAGUAGCAAGUCGUGCAGUGUAAAUUUACUGCAAUGCCAUUGACAGUGUCCUCAAAUGUCUGAGAUUGUUCCGUGUUGUGUUUUUGAUUUUGUUUAGUAUAUUUCAAAAUCCAUCCUUAGUCGCUUUUGAGUUCAUUUCACUGCGCAUCACCUGGCUCUCGUGUCAUGCUCUUGCGCCAACCUCAAGCUAAGAGUUGGCCGGUGAAGGUAGCCUAUACCCUGAUAACAAAAGGCCAGUGGACCACUGUUUGCCCACUGGGGGCAGAUCUGCCUGUCUGCUGGUGAGUUGCAUUUCUUUUAUCAUUUAUACCUUUUCUGUGAUUUUCACCAACUCUGAACAUUUUUAUACAUGUUACAAGUGUGUAACAUCAGUCUUUAAUUGACCAACUAAUUUUUCACCUUGAGAGCCUUCUAGUAGGCCUGGGCUAUGAACAGCCUCUGUUUAGUGGCUGAUAUUUUAAAUCUAAAUCAGUAACACUCAAGAUGAUGGUGGUCCGAGAGCAAACCAGGAGGGGCAUACCACCAGUGGAGUGCUGUCCAAAAUCCACCGGUGGACUGACGUAUGCUUACCAUCUGGGAUUCAAAUCAAUGGAAUGGAUCUCUCUGAUCAAAAUGCACACGUAAAACGAGGAGAAAUGUCAGUCAUUCUGUGCGGAAUCACCCCAAAUCUGAGCAUCUCCCUGGCUACAUGUCAGAAUUCUUUCUACAAGUAGGCUACAGACUACACGCACGCCUAGGGACUACAUGUAGUCAUGCACACAUUGUUAUUAUUUCCCAUAUGUGCUAUUCCCAGUAUUUUUAGACAAGGCUUAACCUACCCACACCGAGGGAAUGCAUGUGUUCUUCAAACACGUGGACACCGUAGCAAAUUCUGAAGCAAUCAACUGCGAGACGCCUGGUGAAUCCACAAGGAGCCUUGCAGGAGUUGGGUCAAUAGCUCAACUUAGGGCCCUGCCGAGGUGUAAUUGGACAUCAUUUUGUCAUUUAUUGUGACAAGUUUUUUCCAUUCGACAGUACGGAAGCUCCACCUACAGAAACAACCCCGGAGAUUCCUCUCGCAGAUGUUAAUGGAGAGGGGUGUGCUGUGGAUACACACCAGUUCGAGGACUCGGUUGAAGCGAGAGGGUGCAUACGCGCACGUAGGAUGGUGAACUAUACAGAAACCCCCGAAAUUCACCGGUAAAUGUGUAAACCUGUCUGAAGCUAUUAGGCUACUUAAAUAAAAUAAAAAAAACAAGUGGAUAGGAUACUGUGGAAAUCGCCACAAAGGGAGUGUGGCGCUUUUUGGCGUAUGCUUAUCACAUUUCAGUGGAGUUUUUAGCGGAGUAGAAAUGAUGCUUUUCAGAGACAGAUCUGAAGCCUGAGAGAAUUGCUUUUUUUUGGGAGGGGGGAGUUCGUUUCCUCCUUGAUGUUGAUAUCUAUGAAUGGUUUUGAGGGGUAAUCCAUUAUUACGAAGAUGUCGACAUUGCCAUCAAACAACAUAACCAGCACAACCCCCCGCGAUUCGGAUUAUGAAUGGAGAUAUGAAUAUUAUGAGGAUGACGAACCCGUGUCAUUUGAGGGACUGAAGGCACAUCGAUAUUCCAUUGUGAUUGGCUUCUGGGUGGGCCUGGCUGUCUUUGUGCUUUUCAUGUUUUUCGUCCUCACCUUGCUGACCAAGACUGGAGCACCGCACCCAGAGAGUUCGGAGCCCUGUGCGAAACGUGUGCGUCUGACCAGCUGCGGGGAGGACCCGGGCCGUCUGCCUGACCAGCUCGACAGCCAACCCUGCGCCUCACGCCCCCUGCUGGAGGAGUCACGCUUGCUUUUCCACUGCUACAUCAACGAGGAGGAGCACGCCGCAAACAGACACCGGAGUGGUGCUGCAUCGCACCUCGGUGGGGUCACAGGUGACUGCAGCCACUCAGCAGUUAACAGACAAUCAGUGUGCAUCGUGCAGGAGACACAGGCUGGGGACGUGUCACUUCCUGAAAGGGAUGGGUCAGCCUUCAUGGCGCAUUUUAACAUCCCCAACUUCGUUAACUCCGAGCUGAGCUCAACGCUAGGGGACGACGACCUUCUGCUGGGUACCCCCCCUCUCAUCUUGGACGGCGAAGCCAGGGGUCUGACCGGUACCAACUGCGAUCAUGUGCUGGAGUAGUGCUUAGCUCUAGCCGUCAAGUGGACUGAG